GUGAAUAGCAGUGUUAAUAAUUAGAAAAGAAACUCUCAAUACGGCAUCACUAUUUAUUAUCAUUACUGCAACUGCUAUUGUGAACGAUCAUUUAUAUUUGCAAUUAUCAUCUCAACUGAAAAUCAAUUGUAAACAAAUAGUUAGGAAAAUUUUCAAUAAUGUUGACUUCUAUGGUAAAAGAAUAUCAAGUAAAACAAGCCAAACGAAAACAAGAGCAAGAAAUACGACGCAAAGAUGUCAUUGAGUCAUCAAACGAACUGACACAGGCUAUAGUGGACCACCUAAAUGUUGGCGUUGCGCAGGCAUAUUUAAAUCAAAAACGUUUGGAUGCGGAAGCAAAACAACUGCAUGCGGGCGCUACUAACUUUGCUAAACAAACACAACAGUGGCUGCAAUUGAUCGAUAAUUUUAGUAGCGCAUUGAAGGAAUUAGGCGACGUGGAGAAUUGGGCGCGUAGCAUAGAAAGUGACAUGCAAGUUAUACAAAGUACAUUGGAGAUAGCUUAUAAGACUUCACGGCAAACACAACAGCAUAAUGCUGGCAACUGAUUCCAUUCAACACAUUAGUAAAAACCGACUGUCCAAAAACGCUGCUCAUGGCAAAAUAUCGCUCUGGAUUAUGGUAACUUCGAAUGUAUGCGUAUUUUCUUCACUUGAUAGCACCUAACAACUCCUUUGGUUAAAUUCAAAGACUCAGCAAUCGUUUGUUGGUUUUCUUUUUAUUCAAUUUGUAUUAGUAAACAUUAAAACUAAUUAAAAGUACAAGUAAACAAAAAGUUGAA